AUGGCGGUCGUCUCUGCGAAUCUUCAUAUUCUCUGCAUGUUGAUCGGCACAGCCGCAACUGUCCAGGUGCAGACCAUAAAACAACUGGUGGAGAUGCCGAUGAAUCGCUUGGAAGGCAAGACCCAGUCUUGCGUGGAUGUACUAGAGAGACGGGUAAGAGCGGAUUCGGAAAGAAUCAAGUGCGAUUCUAAUCUCUUCAUAUUUACAGAUUCCAUUGAAUGUGUCCUCGUGUGACAGUUACUUUGCUCUUCCCAGCAUGCGAGAAAGACUGUAAGUGGCGUUUUUUUAAAACAUCUUGUUUUCCGGGGCUUUUGGAAUAAGUUCCGCAGACUUGCCAUGAGUCAAAUAAAAGAAUAGUCGACGCAAGCUGCGCCCAGGAGAUAGAAAAUUGAAGCCAGCGCUAAUCCACGCUUAGGCUAGGCCUAAACUACAGUGACGGACCUGAUCCAGUGGCAAAAAAAGGACCAUUUUGCAACCGGAAAGUAUCAAAAAAUGUGGCAAACUACCUCCCUUUUCAAGUGAGAAAUCCCCGACUUUAAAAGUGCGCUAGCUUUGUGAGGGAAAGGACCCUUCAAAAAGGGAUUUUUUUAGUUGGACAGGGAGGCAUUUUGCUACGUUUUUUGCUACUUCCCGGAUGCAAAACGGUACGUUUUUUGCCAUUGGAUCAGGUCCGUUACUGUAAAACUGAGCUUAGAUUAGCGCUUAGGCUUAGCUUCUUUUUUUCUUACCUGGGAGAAACUUGCAUUGACUUUUAUGGGUCCUUCUACGAAACUUUUUCCACAUUUUUUCCAGACUUACCACCAACUUCGAAAUGAGCAAACAAGAUUUUUCGCAAACCCUCCCGUCCAGAUUGAGAACCCCAAUGGAGCAACGCAUCAAAGAUUUUGAUAAGAAAUACGAGCACGCAUGCUCUGAUGUAAGCUUAAGUUUGAAGGGAGCCCUAAUUUCACCUGAUUAUAGGCUUCAUUCUACUGCCAGUUCCAGCUCAGAGACGUUAUGUUCUUGUCCGGCAAAGCGAGCUCGUUUGUCGGCGUUUGUGCACCGUGCGGGAAUGACACCAGCAUGACCAAUCGACUACUGCAAAUCCCAGGAAAGGAGUUUUAUUUGCCCAUGGAAGGAUCGGCUGAUUUUAAGGUUAAGCUGAAAGGUAAGGCAAUGGUUGCGUGGCUCGGGAGUUGUAAAUCUUGCGUGUCCGGGAAAUGAGUCAUGAGACACCGACUUAGGAUCUGUGGUGGUAUAAAUAACGGCCGUAUAUGGCUGGGAGUAGCCUUGCAUAUUUCAGGCGACAAGGUAUUGUGGAAGGUAGAAUACGACGCGGACGAGCUGGUGUUGGCAUCCACAGGAAAUUCAAACUCGUCGGGGAUGCCCAAGCAUCCGCGUUUUGGAGUACGACUUCGUCUGAAGGGGAAAUUGGAAGGAGAUCAGAUCUUGAUGACUCUGAGUUGUUCAACCUUUGAGAUCGAGCGAAACGCUACAGCCAGGGAGACGGAGGUUUACGUGGAGCGGGAGCCACCGCAAGUCACGGUAGGUUCGAAUGUUUUGGAGUCAGAGACGGAAUUCAGAUAUUAUAGAAAGUGGUAGUGAAAUGGGUCAAGUCUUUCUCUGUGGGGUCAAGUCUCUUAUUGAGCGGGUCAAGUGUUUCCUUUGAUGGUUAGGGGUUUUCCGGAGGGGUCAAAUCUUGUUUGUGUGGGUAAAGUCUUUUUCUAAGUAGGCCUAGUCUUUUUCUCUGAGAGGCAAGAUUGUUACGGAUUGGGUCAAGUCUUUUCCUGGAUAAGUUAGGCCUUUUCUCUGAGUGGGACAAGUCUUUUCUGCGUGCGUCCAGUUUUUCCUUUGUUGGUCAAGUUUUUCUGAAACGGUCAAAUCUUUUCCUAUGUGGGCUAACAAUAAGGGUCAAGUCUUUCUCUGGGACGUAAAGUCUUUUCUUGAGUAGGUCAACUGUUUCAUUUGAUGGUUGGUGGUUUAGCGGAGGAAUCAAAUCUUUUCGUGUGGGUCAAGUCUUUUUCUGAGUAGGCCUAGUCUUUUUCUUUAAGAGGCAAGAUUGUUACGGAGUGGGUCAAGUCUUUUCCUGAAUAAUUGAAGCCUUUCCUUUGAGUGGGACAAGUGUUUCCAACGUUGGUCAAGUUUUUCUGAAACGGUCAAGUCUUUCUCAAGUGGGCUAAGUCUCAUUCUAUAUAGGUCAAGUCUUAUCUUGAGCGGGUCAAGUCUUUUUCUCUAAGGGUCAAGCCUUUCGGGUCAAGUCUUUUAAUAGACUGGUCAAGUCUCUUCAUGACCGGAUGAAGUUGUUUUUUUAACGGGGAAGUCUUUAAUUGAGCUGGUUAAGUUUCCUCCCAGCUCCCUCCAUAUGAGCCAAGGAGACGCUGUGUCUCUUGGGAGGAGCCUUGCGCAAUAAAUUUACUUCUUUCAGGUUGUGAAUUACUUUGAAGAUUCGGACCCUUUUCCAAUCGUAUGGGUCUUUCGACAGGCGACCAAAACUCUCUUUGAAUAUCAGCAGAACCAACUUGUACUGUCGAAACUGGCUGGUGGCUACUUUACGUAUUGUAACUACACAUUAAUUGUGAAGCGGACGGACCAUGGCUGGACAUCACUGUGUGGAAGAAUUUACUUCAUGAACGGAAGCAGCAUCGCAGAGCUGGGUGAGUGCACGUGGGUUGUAGUCGAGAAAUGUGAGUCUUAGAGAUACGGGGUCAAGUCUUUUCCUGAGUGGGUCAAGUCUCUCUUUCAAGAUACCAAGUCUUUUCCUGAGUGGGUCAAGUCUCUCUUUCAAAAUAUCAAGUCUUUUCCUGAGUGGGUCAAGUCUCUCUUUCAAAAUACCAAGUCUUUUCCUGAAUGGGUCAAGUCUCUCUUUCAAAAUACCAAGUCUUUUCCUGAGUUGGUCAAGUCUUUUCCUGGUCGGGUCAACUCUUCCUUUGACUGAGUCAUGUUUUUUUCUUCGGUAGAAUAAGUCUUUUAUUGGUUGAAUCAAGAUCUUGCCGAGUCCUUCAUUAAAAUUGCACCCCAAUUACGACUGCAGUAUUGAUAUUGCCUUUUCCACUUCAGAGAAGAUCUCUGCCGCCCAAAUUGUCAACCAUUUCGACCCGGAAUCUGCAGCCGACAAUUGCACGAUGCAAAUGAUCAAAGUCAUCACAGCGGAGGGCGCUACGAAGAAUGAUUCCAGUUUUCUGGACCAGCACGUCACGAUGAUCUUGUGCAUGUGCAAUGCGAGCAUGAGCGACAAGACGUGCGACCAGAAGUUCAAACAGCACCAUUUGGACAAGGAAACAAUGGACAAGAUUAAGGUGACUCUGCGCAUGAAAUCGUAACAAAUCGGUUUUCAGAAAACUCAGUGCUUACUGUUAACCCAAGACCAAAUAAACGUAACGGUGGAUACGGGAUAUUAUACUUACUGCGUUUAUAUAGUAGAGGAUGUGUUUUGGGGCCUUGAGACGGCGAAAAAGGAUGAGCCAUGCUAUGGGAUGAGAGACAAACCUGUGGGAAUCGAGAUACUGUAAGUUCAGGGAGUUUAUGCGAAAAUUUGCUAUCUGGAAAAAAUGGAUCAUUAAGGUUUUUGCAUCUAAUGCUUGCCGAGAGAAACAGUUGACCCUGGUGGGAAACACUUGACUCAAGCGCGAUUUUUUUGGGAUUAGACUAAAAUGUGACGUAACGUUCCCUCGAAACGCGUUUGGCUCGGCUUAGAAGGCAGAGAGAAACACUUGACCCAGGUGGGAGAUACUUGACACAAACUCGGGUUUUUUCUGGAUUUUCCUAACUAUGACAUAAUGACGCUAUUUUCCCUCAAAACUGGUGAAUCUUAACUUAGGGAAACACUUGACCCAGAUGGGAAACACUUGACACAAACUCGGAUUUUUUCUUGUUUUUCCUAACUAUGACAUAAUGAUACUAUUCUCCCUCAAAAUCGUGAAUCUUGACUUAGAGAAACACUUGACUCAGAAACAUCUGACUGUCAUUGGUUUUUCAAUAAUAUUUUUUAGGAAUGACGCUUGUUUUGCCUGUUGCCUUGCCACGCCGAACAGCCCGUGCAAUGCGGAGUUCCAGGAAGGCGGAAAGUAUCGCAAUUUAUUUAACGAAUGCCUACACAAGCUGCAUUUUGGACCGCCCAACGUGCAUUCGCCGGAAAUUGUUGUUAGUUUUGAAUUGUGUUGGCCAUUUUUUCAAUUAAAUUUUUUAGGAAUUUCCGCAGACCUUGCCAUACGCCGAACGAGUGUUCUUUCCGCAUGCCGAUUUGAUCGACGUCAACAAGGAGUUUGACAAGUUGAUGGGAGUUUUUCACAUGAAUUUCGAAAAUAUGUCGAUUACAAGCGUUGGUAAGCCCGAGGGAAAUGUAUUAUGGAAAGUGAUUUUGCUUGGGAAGCGAGCGAAAGACAUGGCGCAGUUGGGGAAGACUUGUCGCAUAAAGAUCAAACUUGUCCUAGGCAAAGCUCAAAUCAUCAGCAUAGACAUCAUUUUUGAGGAGAAAAGUUGACUCGUCAAAGGUAAACUGGACCAAACAGGAGAGAGUUGACCCAUUUUUGAACAAUUUACCCAAGAAAGGAAGAGUUGACCCAUUUUUGAACAACUUACUUAAGAAAGGAAGAGUUGACCUAUUUUUGAACAAUUUACCCAAAAAGGGAAGACAUGACCCAUUUUUGAACAAUUGACCCAACGAGGGAAAACUUGACCCAUUUUUGAACAACUUACCUAACAAGGAAAGACCUGACCCGUUAGUGGUUGACCCCACGGCACAUAUGACCAACAAGCGGAACACUUCACGCAUAGGGAGAAAACAUGGGGCUAAGGUAGUACAGCCCCCCCCAGUCCAGUUUAGCCCCCCAUGACCCAGUACAACCCCCUCGUCCAUUCUCAACCCCAAAAUUUAUUUCAAAGAAUUAAUCCAAGUUGUAUGGUCCAGCACAAGCCCCCUACGUUUUAGAUCAAGCCUCUUACGUUUUAGAUCAAGCCCCCUCCGUUUUAGAAAAAGCCCCCUACGUUUUAGAUCAAACCCCCACUUACAUUUUUUGUAUUAUUCUAAUUUGUUCAUUAUGUGGGGUAUGAAACGGGCAAAACAGUGGGGGUUUGAACUACCUUUCGUGGGGGGCUGAACUACCGAAGCCCCGAAAACAUGAAAAGCGGUACACGUGACACUUUAAUUGUUUGUUUUCAGCGACGUUCAACCCCGUUGGUCAUGCUUACUUCGAGCGUACCAAUUCAUCGUAUAGAAUCUCCUCUACCGCCAUGGCUCAUAACCGAAAAAUGCGCAACUUCUGCUCGCUCUCAAACUGGGGAAUAACGGAGCUGAGCAUGGGCUGCAAAUGCUUUACCAUGGACGAAACUGAACUGCAAUGUUGCUGUUUGAAGCGAGUUCUUUUGCACGCGGCGUCGCUGAUGUCAGUGCAGUUUCCGAACACGAUCCACGGAGUCCCCAUUGACCAAUUGCACAACAGUCGGGGUUAUCGAGAGAGUCUGGCUGUAAAUAAGGAUGUGUUUAUAGAAUAA